GGAAGGGAUUUUCUGGGAAUUCUGGGAGUUGAUGUUUGAGCACACGUCCUCUGUAACAAGCCUCUUCCAUUAGCACAUCGUACAUGUCAUGUACUGGUAAAAAUAGCCACACGUUACCAACAUAAACCCCUUUAACCCGUCUUUUAAUAGUGAUGUCAUCUACUGUCACGCUGAUCCUGAAAACUGCGUGAGGUUUAAAACUACAACUCCCAGAAUGCAACAGUGGCAACGUCAGACGCUUCUUCCUGCUUGCGCAAGGCGAGCGCCUGUGCUGUGUAGUGGUUGUCAUAUCACCACUCAGUGGCCCACAAGUUCAUUUAUUAUUCGAGGUUUGUACUAUAGCUAAUGCUGUGUUCAUACUAAAGUUACGAUGUUUUUAUCUAAAGUCUGGUGACUUUCGGAUGCAGCAGAAAUUCAUUCCUAUUAUUCUCAAAAGACCAAAUUAAAUCUGUUUUGUACAUUUGUUCAUAGAGAUGGAAAUCAGCAUGGAAACUUCAUGGAAAGUCAAACCACGAAACCACUUCAAUGGUCAAUUUCAACAAAUCUUAGUUCUAAUAAAGAAAUGCAAGUGAAAAGAUUAUCUGUGGAAGGAAAUAUAGCAGUAGGAAAAUCCACCUUUCUCAGGCUGCUCUCCAAUACAUUCCAAGAAUGGAGUUUUGUUACAGAGCCUCUGAAGAAAUGGCAGAACGUUCAAUUCCAAACAACAACUCCCUCAAAACCGUCUAUGGACAACCUCCUGCAACUGAUGUAUGAUGACCCUAAACGAUGGUCUUACACGUUCCAGACAUAUUCUUGUAUGAGUCGAUUUAAAAUACAAAUUCAGCCACUUUCAGAGCAAGUAUUAAAGGAGCAGCAGGAGUCUGUUCAGAUAUUUGAGAGAUCUGUUUAUAGUGACAGAUAUAUAUUUGCUAAAACUCUUUAUGAACUCCAACACUUAAAUGAAAUGGAGUGGACUUUGUAUCAAGAAUCGCACACUUUUCUUAUUCAAGAAUUUUCUAGAAGAGUUGCACUGGAUGGAAUUAUUUACCUACGAGCAACUCCUAAAAAAUGUUUUGAGAGACUGCAAAGAAGGGCCAGAAAGGAGGAGAGGACUUUGCAACUUCAGUACCUUGAAAAGCUGCAUGAUCAACAUGAAAGUUGGCUGACAAAGAAGACAACUGAAGUUCAUUUUGAAAACAUGAAAAAUAUUCCAGUUUUGUUGUUGGAUGUUGAAGAAGACUUUAAAAACAAUUCUGCAGCAGGUGAUGAAUUCAACAACAGAGUUAAGACCUUUGUUGCUGGACUGUGAUUUUAAAACUAAAUGUAUUUAUAUUGCAACAGAUAAACAAACAGAAAAAAAAUCCUAGGUAUGUGCCUAACUCUAUUUGCUGCUCUUUACUUGUAUCCGUUUUGAUUUGUGUACCUAGUUUUAAAAAGUUGCUUUAUAGUAAUGUUACACACUUGUGUCACAGUUAUUAAAGGCUGCAAAAUUUGA